AUGAAAAAGACCAUCGGCUAUAUACUGGCCGGUAGUGUCACCACAUUAUACCCGUUCAUGAUUUACGUCAUAUUCGGCUUUCCCAUCGCCAUCGGCACAAUCACCGUACUAUUGAUAGCGUUGGGCACAGAUAUGAUGCCCGCCAUAGCGUUGGCUUACGAAAAGGCCGAGUCGGACAUUAUGAAACUGCACCCCCGGAACCCCCGCACCGAUGUGUUGGUCACCCGUUCACUGUUGUUGAGGUCGUAUUUUCAAGUCGGUGUUAUUAUGUCGAGCGCCGGCUUUCUGGGUUAUUUUGUGGCGUUUAUGCACCAUGGUUGGAAACCCUGGGACUUGUGGCAGUUGCGAGUCAAAUGGGACGACCCGGCCAACGAUGCCAUUUACGAUUCGUAUGGUACACCAUGGACUUACGAUGAGCGUCUUAAGGUGCAGACUGUGGCCCAGUCCUCGUACUUCAUAUGUAUAGUCGUGUGUCAAUGGAUGGAUUACCAUGUAUACAAUUUGAGAAAUGUACUCCAUGGCGUACAAGUGAAGGGCGGGCCCGAGCGUAUUAUUAAGCUGUGCUCCACUAUUGUGACGGCUGAGGGCCAGUCGGUGCCCAUGAAUGACCGCCAUUUGGCUGAGUUUGAGUCGGCCUAUAGGGAGUUGGGAUCGAUGGGCAAACGGGUGCUCGCGUUUUAUGAUACAAAGUUUACACAAUUUCCGGUCGAUCACAAAUUUCAGCUGAAUAAUUAG